UUGAUUAUCUUGUUCAUAAAGUGGAGCCAGAGAGAAUUAUAUCCAUUUCCAGAAACUGAAACUGAAUUGAUUUGGAAAGAUGGAGGGCAGUUUGCAUGGACAGUUUGAUCUUCCAGGGUUCAGAUUCCAUCCUACAGAAGAGGAAUUAGUGACCUUCUAUCUUAGAAAAAGGAUUCAAGGCGAACUUUUCAGCUUUGAUAUAAUUGGAACUUUGGAUUUGUAUCAGUACGAUCCAUGGCAACUCCCAGGUCUUGCAAAUGUGGGAGAAAGAGAAUGGUUCUUCUUUGUUCCUGUUGAUAAAAAAUGCGCUCAAUCCAGAAGAAGCAGACUUACGCUCUCUGGUUAUUGGAAGGCUACUGGAACAGAUAGACCAGUUCGAGAUCAAAUGUUUAACUGUGUUGGGCUUAAAAAGACUCUGGUGUUUUACAAAGGAAAAGCCCCAAAUGGAGUAAAGACUGACUGGAUCAUGAAUGAGUACAGAAUGCCAGAUUUUCGUUUCGCAAGAAAGAAGGAUAUAGUGUUGUGCCGAAUCCACAGAAAAGCCACUUCUCAGAGAACAUUAAAUCAGCAAGCUAUGCAAGGAGGAGGAGAAGACCCCAUGCAAUUUUCAGCUGCUUCAAAUUUUCAGCAGCAUGAAUUUAACUUGAUGAAUCAUGAAAGUGAGCCCAUGGGUGGCGGAUUACCUUGUUUGAAUGAAGCUGAUGGUGAAUACCUAAUGGACUGCAUGAGUCCAUUCAAAGACAAUAAACUGAAGCCCCUGGAAUUACAGGUACCAAAGUUCAGUGUGGAUAAGCUGUUUAGCCCAUGGAUAGAAACAUGGACACCUUCCAUUCUGCUAUGCAGUCCCAUAGGGAUUACAUCUGAGAUUAUGAUGCCAUAGCCAUUUCUUCAUUUUCUUUUCUCUAGAACUUUGACUCUUUGGAUUUCUUUAGAUUUUCUGUUUUAUAUACCUAUGGUUAAGGAAGUGAGCUCUAUAAUUGAGCACCCUAUGUAAAUAAGACUUCCAAGCCUGCAUCAACUAAAUAGAAAUUACACUCUAUUUUUAUGUAUUCAAUAAAAGGGAUUGUUUAUCCAGCACC